AGAUUCCAGGGAAGCUGCUUUCUAUCCAAUUACCUGACAUCAGUAAUGGAAUGAAUGGAACAUAACAAACUGAAGCUUAAGCCAGACAAGACAGAGGCAUUUCUGAUCAGUUGAAAGGAUUUCUUGGACAGAAAGAGCCAUCCUUCCAUACUUGUGUGCCAGUGGAGAUGGCCUUGAAUCGCAUUCUUGUUUCUUUUGUCCUUCAGCUGGGGAUAAUCCUGCCUGUUACUGGGGCAUCAAAGGUGAAUAUUGUUGCUGGUGAAACUGUUGUCCUUCUUUGUCCAAAUGGUAAAACAAAAACAGAAAAUCCAGCCAAAGUGAUCUGGAAAUAUGAAGGAAAAACUAUAAUUACUUACAUUCGGAGUCAGGAGAAAUCUUUUAUGGCUAACAGCUCUGCAAAAUACAGACUUGUAGAUGAAAAGAAAGGGAAUUUCUCUUUAUGGCUGCCAGAUGGAAAAGGGCAGUAUAGCUGUGAAGUGGAGGGUGAGCCUCCUCUUAUCUAUUACGUUCAACGAUGGCAUUGGAAAAUAUCUCAACGUGGAUACGUCCUGCAGGGUGAGACUCUGCAACUAGAAGUGAUGACAUCUGGCAAGGAGUAUUCUGCAUCCAGGAUUGAGUGGCUUAGCCCAUACAAAGCAAAAGUAACAGGCAAUGAACCACGAUGGAUGCUGGAAAACAAUAACUGGAAGCUGCAGAUAAAAAACCUUUCCAUUCAAGAGGACCAUGGCAUCUGGGAAUGUCACGUCCUGCCUGAUGGGCCCCGGAUCACUUAUGAUGUCAAGGUGAUAGGUUUUCUCAAUGCAUUGGGUGAUAGUGACACAAGAUUUGCAGCUGUUAAUAACAGUGUGGUCCUUUCAUGUCCAUUGAGCAUCAGCCUCACAAAAGAAAAGAGCCUGGAAAACUUUCUCCAGAGUUGGGACCUCAUGAAGGAUAAUAAGGUUCUUAUAAAGAAGGACGUAAAGCUUGCCAAUAACACUUUUCCUGCCAAAGAGAUAUCCAAAGUCCAGUUUGAGGAUGCUGGAAAUUACCACUGCCAUUUCACAUUUGCAAAAGGGCAUUUGAAUAAGUCGAUCCAUUUAAUAGUGAUGAAAGGUAAGAAGUCUGGCAUUUGCAUGAUGUUUCUGAAUGGCACAGAAUUCUGA